AUGCAGCGGGCGCGGCCCGCGGUGCCGCUGCUGCUGCUGCUGCUGCUGCUCGCGGGACCCCUGCCCGGGGGGACAGCCCCGAGGGACCUCGGUGACGGUACCGGGACCCAGCGGGACCCAGCGGGACCCAGCGGGGCCGGGUCGGGGAAGGGGGAUGCGAGCGGGGAAGAGCCUGAGCAGAGCGGGCCGUGGGGCCCAUUGUAUUUUGCAGAGUGUCAGCAGCAGCUGCCGCUGGCCCGGAGCGUCGCGUCCUGGAUCGUGGGGGGCCACGAGGCCCCGGAGGGCGCGUGGCCGUGGGUCGUGAGCCUGCAGGUGCUGCGCGGUGGUGUCCGGUUCGUGCACCUGUGCGGCGGCGUCCUGCUGAGCCGGAGAGCUGUGCUGACCGCCGGGCACUGCGUGGACGGCAGGACGGAUCCAUGUUCGUGGCGAGCCGUCCUGGGCGUGCACAACCUUCAAAAACACAGUCCACACACAGCAAAAAGAAGGAUCAGGAGGAUCAUUGUGCACUCGGAGUUCAAGAGAGAAACCUUUGAGAACGACGUGGCGGUGUUUGAGCUGAAAUCGGCGGUGCGGCACAGCCUCUACGUGCAGCCCAUGUGCCUGCCCCCGGCCGCCCUGAUCCUGCCCUUGGAGAACAGCUCCGACUGCUACAUCAGUGGCUGGGGACGCACGGCCGAGAAGGGUAAAAUCUCAUCUGUGCUGAAAGAAGCCCAAGUGGAAAUCCUCCCUCCCAGCCUGUGUAACAGCUCCGAAGGGUACGCGGGGCUCAUGGACAACAGAGUGCUCUGCGCCGGCGCCUGGGCCGGAGGCACCGACGCCUGCCAGGGCGACAGCGGGGGCCCCUUGGUGUGUUACCACCCCGACACUGACAAGUACUACCUCAUCGGCAUCGCCAGCUUUGGGGUUGGCUGCGGCCGCCCCAAAUAUCCUGGGAUCUACGUCCGCCUGUCUCAGUACAGAAAAUGGAUCAAAGCAAAGCUUCGGCUGACCAACACGAGUCGGAACCCCGUGAGCACAACGCUCACCAUCCUCCUGACUGUGGCACACACCGUGCUCGCACAGACUUUGUAGAGGGGCAAAGCAUCGUGUCAUCCUCGUGGAGGUCUGUUCUGCCUGGGAAAGCUUGGAAAAAAGAGCUCCCUCCUGCCUCUCAAUAAAACCAAGAGCCAAAGGAUGUGCACUUACUUUUUAGGAGUCAUGUUUGCAAUUGUAUUUUUUG